AGGGACUCUGGAGGGAGUCUCCUUGGUUGGAGGGAAGUUUGUUGACAUGUUGGCUCUCUUGGAAAAGAGAAGGCAAAAGUGGAAAAUUUGGAUUUUCCUUUGCCUCCAAAAGAAAUAGUUGGAGGAGGGAGGUGGGGAGGUGCUUUAAACAAAAGGACAGAUAUGCGAGAAAACGGACAGAAAACAACAUCAUGGUGGAGGACGUGCAUGAAAUCCAAAGAGAUGAGGAAUGGGAGAAAGAAAUGGAGGGAAGUGUGUAUAUGUGUGCGUGUCCAUUCUUUGCCAAAGAUGUCUGCUCUUUCCAAUUAUGCCUUGCGGAUGGCCCGCCUGAGUGCCCGGAUAUUUGGAGAAGUUGUCAGGCCAACAGACAAUAAGUCCAUGAAAGUAGUGAAGCUGUUCAGCGAGCAGCCCCUCGCCAAACGGAAGGAGGUCUACGAUUGGUAUCCCCCUCACAAUACCUACUUCGCCCUCAUGAAGAAACUCCGCUUCUUUGGCCUCUACAGAGAUGAACAUGAAGAUUUUAAGGAAGAGAUGAGACGGCUGAAAAAGCUCCGUGGUAAAGGAAAACCCAAGAAAGGAGAAGGAAAGAGAGCUACCAAGAAGAAAUAGAGCUACUUUGGAAAUUCAGCGGACUACUUUGGAAAUGUCAGAGUAAAAGCAACCCUAUCCCUUUCUUCCCAGCCAGAGGUGGCUUUGCAUGCAGCUGAGUUCCUGGCUGCAGUGGGGAAGGGGUGUAAGCAGUCUGUCAGAUAUUAAACUCUGAAUUGAACUCUGUGCACUCAGGUUUUUGGGGGAUGAUUUUUUUUUUUCCACCAGUGACUGAAUGAUUGAUUCCCAUACAUACAGUAUGUUCCAGCACCCAUGAUGAUGAUUUGGGUUUCAGUUGCUAUUGGAGCCCUUUUCUACCUGAGUCAGCAAUAAAAAAAGUCUACCAAAAACAUUUUUGGUAUUCACA